AGAUACAAAACUUGGCCUCUUUCCGUCUCCGGCCGCCGCACUGAAAGGAGUCUCCGCCAUGUCCGCGCAUCUGCAAUGGAUGGUCGUGCGGAACUGCUCCAGCUUCUUGAUUAAGAGGAACAAGCAGACGUACAGCACCGAGCCGAAUAACCUGAAGGCGCGCAACUCCUUUCGCUACAAUGGGCUCAUUCACCGCAAGACCGUGGGCGUGGAGCCGGCGGCGGACGGCAAAGGGGUCGUGGUGGUGAUGAAGCGGAGAUCCGGCCAGCGCAAGCCGGCCACUUCCUACGUGCGGACCACCAUCAACAAGAACGCCCGGGCCACCCUCAGCAGCAUCCGACACAUGAUCCGGAAGAACAAGUACCGCCCGGAUUUGCGCAUGGCCGCCAUCCGCAGAGCCAGCGCCAUCCUGCGCAGCCAGAAGCCUGUGAUGGUGAAGAGGAAGCCGAGCCGUCCCACCAAGAGCUCCUGAACCCCUGGCCUCCCCUCCCCAGAGCAAUAAAGCUGUCAGCAGCCUCC